AUGCCUUUCUUCAGGGGACUACUACUCUCAAUGAAAAAACUUUUUUCUUCUGCCGAUGCCGAAAGGCGGGAGAAAGAGAAGGAUUAUUAUUUGAAUAAUGGAAGUUGUGUGCUUGAGGAGCUUCUUGCUUUAUGCGACGGAAAUUGCAGAAUUCCCAUCCGUUAUUACACUGCGAAUGAGAUCGAGAAUGCAAUAAAACACUCUAAAACCACAAUAAUGGAGCUUGACGAAGUGGAUAUGGUUACGGGAUCGCUGGACAACCGCCCUGUUUUAGUUAGAUUCAAUACAUGCAAACACAACAAUAUCCACCGAGAUAUAGCAAUUACUGCUCAGAUGAGUCAUCUGAAGAAUGUGUUGAGACUUGUCGGUUGCUGUCUAGAAUUUGAACAACCAGUUAUGGUGUACGAAUAUGUUGAAGGUACAUCUCUUUUCCAUCUACUUUUCAAAAAGGAUAAUCUAAAUAGAAAAUCGCUAUGUUGGGGAAAUCGAUUACGAGUUGCACGUGAGGUUGCUUCUGCAAUCCUUUUCCUCCAUACUGAAUUUACUACUCCCAUCAUCCACAGAAGUAUAAAGCCAUCUAAUGUGAUACUAGAUGAGAAGAGCGGCAUUGCCAAAAUAUUGAACUUCUCACUCUCCAUAUCAUUGCCUCCAGGGGAAUUGGAGGUACUAGAUGAUGGUGUGAGUGGAACACGGGGGUAUAUUGCUCCAGAAUAUUACCAACUGGGUAUUAUUACUCAAAAAACUGAUGUCUACAGCUUUGGGGUUCUUCUCUUUCAGCUAUUAACCAGAAAAGGCCCGUACGAUAGAGUGGAAUCUACACAUUCAAAAGAGACAAUUGAUUUUGAAGAAAACACUAAAUCCAAUACUGAAGAGGGUAAUUCUAUGGAUAGAGUGGAUUCCACAAAUUCAAAAGAGGCGAUAGAUUUUAAAAAUCUUCCAACCAGUUACUUUGUCGAUCGUUAUAUUAAAGAGAGCAAUGUAAUGGAUAUUACGGAUCCAACUAUCUUAGAAGAGCAUGGAAUUGAGAUUCAACAACAAUUGGAAGACUACUUGGUUCUUGUUAAGAAAUGCACUGCUGACGAAGGAGAUGAUAGACCAUACAUGAUUCAUGUUGCAAGGGAAUUAAGCCGAAUUGAGAAGUGUUUCCAUGCCCUCACCCUUGGUCAAAAUUAA